AGUGAGGAUCUCUCACUCAAGGUUAGGGUGCUUUGUUGGAUCAUGACUUCCCCAAAGAGCCUAAACAUCAAAGCCAUUCAUCUAAAGUAUACCUGGACUCGACACUGCAAUAUUAUUCUAUUUAUGAGCUCCGUGGCCAAUGAGAGCUUCCCGGCUAUUGGAUUGGAUACAAAGGAAGGACGAGGAGAACUCUACUGGAAGACAAUUCGAGCAUUUCAUUAUGUGCACAAACACUAUUUUGAAAAGGCUGAAUGGUUCUUGAAGGCCGAUGAUGAUACUUAUGUUGCAAUUGAUAAUUUACGUUUUUUUCUCUCCAAUUAUACUCCCCAUCAACCUGUGUACUUUGGCAGUCGAUUUAAACCCCUAGUCAAACAAGGCUACAUGAGUGGUGGGGCUGGCUAUGUACUCAGUAAGGAAGCCCUGAACAGAUUUGUGGAAGGAUUUAACACUAAGGUCUGCAGCCACACAUCCCCUGUGGAGGAUUUGGAAUUGGGAAAGUGUAUGGAAAAGAUGGGAGUUACACCAGGAGAUUCUAGAGAUCCUGAAGGAAGACAGACCUUUCAUCCAUUUACACCUGAGCACCACAUAACAAGAAAAGAUUUAUAUUACAAAAAUGUCUACAGCUUCUACCCAAUAAAAGAGGGUCCCCAAUGCUGCUCAGAUCUGGUUAUUUCUUUCCAUUAUGUUGAUCCUGUGCUCAUGUAUACACUUGAAUACUUUGUGUACCAUCUAAGGCCAUACGGAUAUUUAUAUCGCUAUCAGCCUCCGUUGCAAGAGAAUGCAGGCAGAUUACAAAGAAGAAACAUUACAGAACAAGGAGUAACUGAAAAUUCUAAAUUUGAAUUCACUAAAGUACCUAACUGA